UUGCCUGUCGUUCGCAGACGUGCCCUGUCCUGGUUGGAGAACCAGACCCAGGUGGCUCGUUUCCAGCAACCCAUUGUGUUUGAGCUGGAGGGUUUCAACGUGGCCCCGGGCCAGGGCCCCUUCCUGUUCUUCCUGGCUCUGCUGGCCUACCUGCUGGUGCUGCUGGGGAACGGCGUGGUGGCAAGCGUCAUCCCGCCAUCGCCCAGGGCAUCUGCGUGCACACCUAUGGUGUAG